AUGUCCUACAAUUGCUGCUCUGGAAACUUCUCCUCCCACUCCCUUGGGGGCUACCAGUGCUAGCCAGGCUUCUCCCGUGGCUCCUUCUACCCCAGCAACCUGGUCUACAGCAGACCUCUACUCUCCCAACACCUGCUAGCUGGACUUCUCUCUACAGUCAGGAGACCUGCUGUGAGCCCACCAGGUGCCAGACAUCCUGUGUGGUGUCCAGUCGCUGCCAGACAUCCUGCUACCACCCAAGGACUUCCACACUCUGCUGGAAAACUUACCCUGGGUCUCUGGGAUUUAGGUUCAGCAGCUGCAACUUCCUGA